AUGCUCAUCGGCCUUUCGCCGGCACAAGCGCAGAUCGAAUGGAUCGGCGCCAACAGCGACGAUGCCCUGGACGGGACCAACUGGGACGGCGGCGUCCUUCCCGGCGUCAGUGAUAGCGUCGUCUUCCGCAACGGUGGCGAUUCGAAGCCGCUGGCGGACUUCGGCGCCGCGGACGUGGAGUGGGCCCACAUGCUCAUGAAUCACGCCGACGUUGGUACGACACUAACCGGCGCCGGCACGAUCACCUUGAACACGCCCGGCGCCGGGGUCGAUAUCGGCGUCAAGAGCUUCGAGACUCAGGGCGGCGAACGUCUCUCGGUGAUCCACCCGAACAUCAUCGCCAACGGCGUGAUGGAAGCCCGCAACGGCCACAACGUUGUCUUCGAAGGGGACGUCACUUCCUACACGCUGCACUCGUACAACAACUCGGUCUUCACGUUUAACGGUAACUAUACCCAAACGGCCUACGACGGCAGCGAGUUCUUCACCGGCAACCACGAGGGGAGUUCGAUCGUCUUCAAUGGCGGCCUCAAUCUCGACCGUCCCGCGUUCUACGGCGACCUCGGCAUCCGCAACGGCCUCACCGUCGCCUUCGGCCCCGAUGUCGUGCUCACCAAGACCGGGCCCUUCGAGACAACGCCCGGCCUCGGAACAGUGAACCUCUACAACCAGUCCACCGUCCGACUCGACGGCGAUAACGCGCUCGACGCCAACACCGACCUCUUCUCUCGUGACGGCGGCGGCGUUGGUGAGAAUACGCUUGAUCUCAACGGCUUCAGCACGACGGUCGAGUUCAUCGCCACGGUGCCCGACGCCGGCCCCACCAGUUUUGUCGUCGAUUUCGGCGAACAAGCCGGCGCAAAUACCUUUCGCUGGCUCGCGUCGCACUGGAUGCCGGGCAACUACAAGAUCACGAACUUCGAGGUCGGCGUCGAUACGCUCGAACUCGGCGAGCUGGGAUCGUUCUUCUGGACCGCCGAGGACACGACGACCGAAGGCGGCGGCUCGCCCGACAUCGAGGUCAAGAAGUCGCAGAUCACGAUCAACGGCCUCUCCUACGCGGCCUACGACCCGCUGAAGACCGACGCCUACUGGACGCUCGUCGAUCCCACCGUUAGCCGUGCGAUCGAGGUCUUCAACGCCCCGCUCUUCGGCGACUUCAACGACGACGGCGAAGUGAACGCGGCUGACUACACCGUCUUCCGUGACAACCUGGACGGCAACUCUGCAGCGCUGAAUGGCAACGGAUCGGGCGCCGCCACAGUCGGUCCCGCCGACUACCAGCUCUGGACGCAGAACUACGGCCGGACGAGCGGCUCGUCCGUUGCGAUCCCCGAGCCCGGCGCGAUGCUCCUCGCUCUUACGGGCGUGGUAGAAGGUCUCAUGAUUGGCUUCUGGUGCAAACGCUCUUUGGUUGUGGCUUUAGGACUUGUCGCGAGUCCGUCCCUGGCCGUGACGACGACAUGGCUCGGCGUCACGUCGGGCGACGUCAGCGACCCAACGAACUGGAGCGCCGGCAUUCCUGGCGCCGCCGACGAAGCGAUCGUCGUCACCGCGCCUAACGCGCCGGAUUUGCUGGGUAGUUCGGUCACUUGGGGCAAGUUGACGCUCAACGGCGCCACGGACAUCGCCGACAGCCUCGGCGGGGCGAUCCUCAACUUGGCUAGCGAGGACAUCGCGCUGUUCUCCGGGGGCGCCCACAGUUCGACGAUCGCACCGGCGCUCAAUGUCACGGGAAAGAUUCAGACGAAUGGCGAGCACAACGUCGCCUUCAACGGCCCUGUCACCGCGGCCAAGGUCGAAUCCUUCGGCACAGCAGUCGCCAGCUACAACAACUCACUCACGCUUACGGACAGCUUCGUCACGAUCGGCGCCGACGCGGAGAUCGUGAUCAACAACACCCUCAAUUGGAACUUCGCCGGCGAGAAGGGCUACAACGGCGGCGGGGGCGCCUUCGUUAUCGGCGCCGGCUCGACGGUCAACUUGGGCAUCUUCAACCUGUUCGAUCAGGCGACGGUCCGCACCGACGCGGACAACGUCCUCACCGGCGCCACCGACCUCUGGGGCCGGCACGCCAACUCGACACUCGACCUCAACGGCUACAGCCAAGGCGUCGAAUUCCUCGCGACGAACGCGGGCUCGAACAUGGUGAUCGAUUUCGGCGCAACGCCGGGCGCCAACACCCUGGUAUGGGACGCGUCCUUCAAUAGCGGCGGCACGUACGACGUCGUCAACUUCGAGGCCGGAAUCGAUACGCUCGAGUUCGGCCAGUACGGCAACGGCCUCGGCUUCAACGACCCCACGCUGCUCAGCCAGAUCACUGUCAAUGGCGCCGCCUACUCGGCGUCGAAUCCCGGCGGCGGCCUGAGUUGGUGGAACGCCAUCGCGACGCCCAAUGCCGGCGACGACCCCGGCCGCCAGAUCGCCGUCUACUACGCGGCCGUGCCCGAGCCAGCCGCGCUGGCGAUGGCCGUCGGCGCGGCGUUG